GGGCGCGCGCGUGCGCAGGCGUCGCGCUGAGGGACGAAGCAGAGCCGCGGAAUCGCCGCCAGGUCCGGUCUUGGUCCACGCCGCCCAUCGCGCCGCCCGCCCGCCCCGCGUCCGCCGCCGCCGCCGCCAUGGGAGUGCAGGUGGAGACCAUCUCCCCCGGAGACGGGCGCACCUUCCCGAAGCGCGGCCAGACCUGCGUGGUGCACUAUACGGGGAUGCUUGAAGAUGGAAAGAAAUUUGAUUCCUCCCGGGACAGAAACAAGCCCUUUAAGUUUAUGCUAGGCAAGCAGGAAGUGAUCCGAGGCUGGGAAGAAGGGGUUGCCCAGAUGAGUGUGGGUCAGCGAGCCAAACUGACUAUCUCCCCGGACUAUGCCUAUGGCGCCACUGGGCACCCAGGCAUCAUCCCACCAAAUGCCACUCUCGUCUUUGACGUGGAGCUUCUAAAACUGGAAUGACAGGAAUGGCCUGGCCUCCUCCCUGAGCUCCCUGUUCUUGGAUGUGCCAUGGAGGGAUCUGGCGCCCCCAGACGCGCACACGCGAAUCUGUACGGAGCUUUUCCUGAUGUUCCACUACACUCUUUGUAUAAACAUCUACCCCGACUGAAUGUGUUCUGUCCUCCAGCUUUGCUCUUCCCCUGUCUCCUCGUGUGUGUGUUGACCUAAACUAUAUGCCAUAAACCUCAAGUUACUCAUUUUAUUUUGUUUUCGUUUUGGGGUGAAGAUUCAGUUUCAGUCUUUUGGAUCUAGGUUUCCAAUUAAGUAUUAGUCAAGUAUUAACAGCACAAGUAAUGGGUUAACUUUAGACUAGGAAUUGGUGUGGGGGGGAUGCAAGAAUCUUUAUUUUAUUUUAUUUUUUUGGAUUAAAUUUUUAUCUAUUAUAUAUUAAACAUUCUUGCUGCUGCGCUGCAAAGCCAUAGCAGAUUUGAGGCGCUGUUGAGGGCCGAAUUAUUCUCCAAGUUGAGAAAUGUCCUUGGGUUGAAUUAAGAGCCCUACCCAAAACUGAAGUGGGGAGGAGGAGAGCCCUCGCCCCCACUGCCCCGUCUCACUCUCCCCUGAAACCCUCUGCCUUUUAAAAGCAAAUCGUUUUCACUGCGUUGCUGGACACUACAGCUCUCUGUCCCGGGCCAGCAGGGACCGCGGCCGCCUACGUGGCCUGGCUCACCCCACCCCAUCCUGUGGUUUUUCUAAUGGAUAGUCAGGACUUUUAUAAUCUCAUAGCUAUCCAGGCUCCACUUCCUAAAUUUUAAGAACUUGAAUUGAAAGUUUAAAUUGCAGGUGCUGUUUGUAGACACUUAACACCCAAUGAAAGCCCAGCCAUCAUGACAAAUCCGUGAGUGUUGUCUUAAGAAAACGAUGCUGGUCAUCACAGCUUCAGCAUCUCCUGCUUUUUGAUGCUCAGCUCCCCCUGCUCAUCAAAGUUUCCUGGCUUUUCCGUCGUCCCUCUCACUCCUUGGCUGUCCUGUGUAGUGAUUUGGUGAGAGGAACUAUUGCUGCCUACCGCCACCCCACCCUCCGCACUACAUAUGAGUUUCAAGUUUUAUUAUUGCAAUAAAAGUGCUUUACGCUGGCUUUUCUCA